UAUAUCUCUUGUUUUUCCUUAUCGUACAUAGCCUUCUUAAUAUUUAAUACAUAAUGCCUUCUCAAAACGAACGAUUGAACAAUAGCUGGAAUUCAUCAUUGGACGACUGGCUUGAAGAGGAUUUAAAGCAAAACCAAAUCCAAUGUGAUAAAAACGAUACCAACAAGAUAUGCUCACUGAAAAAUAUUGUAUUACAAGAAAACAAAACGCCUUUAUUAAAACCUAUCCAACUAUCAAGAAAUGUUGACGAACAACAACAGAAUCUAAUUCCAAUUAUGAAAGUGUAUUCCUUAUUAAAUUCUAUUCGUCAAAGUGAGCAACUAAUCAGAGAAAAACAGCACAAAAAGCGAUUACAUCCUAUCACACCUUCUCCUGAUAUUGCUCCUCCUUCACCUAGUUUGAGUGCCGAUAGUCUUCCUAGAAGAAAAAGAGGCAGUCGCGGUGAGCCAGUGGACUUAGUUAUCAAAAGACAACGCAAUACAGAUGCUGCACGCCGGUCAAGAAUGAGAAAAGUGCUCAAAAUGGAGUCUUUGGAAAAACGAGUUGAGGUACUUAGAAACGAUAACGAGCGUUUACGGGUCAAAGUUGCCGUGCUGGGGUCUGAAGUUAAUCACGCUGCUGAAAAAGAAAAACAUAAUAUUCAACGAGUGCUCGAAUUGGAAGCUCAACUGGCUAAUGCUCAUCAGCAGCUUGUCAAAGAAUACCAUCAAGAAGAGAAAGUUAUGGUUUAAAUAUGUAUGUUUAUAAAGCUGCAACUCCUAUCUUUUCUGUUUAUAAAACUGUAUAAUAAAUUAUUUUGAUUCAUGCAUCCU